AAAAAGAAAGGAUUGGAAUUUGGUUAGGGAGAAAGGGUAAAACGCAACGCAGAACAACGGCCAUAAGCAAGGCGGAAGGAAAGCGACCAGUCCACUUCCAGCUCAUCUUCUUUCAUAGACUCACUCCCCUGGCUUGAACUCAACGCUCUUUCAAUCUAUAUUUCUCUGCUAAAUCCUCAAAAAAAAAAAAAAAAUCAAAUCCCCCAUGAUUUCACUUCUCCUUCUCCUUGUCAAAACCCUCAAUCUUUUCAACUCCUAAAAAAAGCCUAAACCCCUUUAAUCAACACAAAAAAAAAAAGGAAGAAAAGAAGAACAAAGAAGAAAAACCCAUAUCCCAUUCGGAUUCAAGACCGCCAUGUACUUAUCGGAGAAGCCCCGUCCAAUAGAUUUAUACAAGGAGGAUGUUCCUGCUACUGCCCGUGACAUGAUCAUCGAGGUCACCACCAAUGGGGAUUUGCCACCUCACCACCACCCUCCUCCUCACCAACAACAGCAACAGCAAAUGAUCUUAGGAGAAAGUAGCGGCGAAGACCCAGAAGUCAAAGCCCCCAAGAAACGAGCCGAGACCUGGGUCCAAGACGAAACCCGUAGCCUUAUCGCCUUUCGAAGGGAAAUGGAUAGUCUUUUCAAUACUUCCAAAUCGAACAAGCACUUGUGGGAGCAGAUAUCGGCUAAGAUGAGAGAGAAAGGGUUCGAUCGAUCGCCAACUAUGUGUACGGACAAAUGGAGGAACUUGUUAAAGGAGUUUAAGAAAACUAAGCAUCAAGAUCGAGGGAGUGGGUCAGCUAAGAUGUCUUACUAUAAGGAAAUUGACGAGAUUUUAAGGGAAAGGACGAAGCAUCUUUAUAAGAGUCCAACUCCUCCCCCUCCUAAGCUUGAUUCCUUUAUGCAUUUCGCUGAUAAGGGUUUUGAGGAUACCGGCAUAUCAUUUGGUCCUGUUGAAGCUAGUGGCAGGCCAACGCUUAAUCUUGAAAGACGUUUAGAUCAUGAUGGACAUCCUCUUGCUAUCACUGCAGCUGAUGCUGUUGCAGCCGGUGGAGUUCCUCCUUGGAAUUGGAGAGAGGCCUCUGGAAAUGGUGGGGACUGUCAGUCAUAUGGAGGAAGGGUUAUAACUGUCAAGUUUGGGGACUACACCAGAAGGAUUGGUAUAGAUGGUACUGCUGAUGCCAUCAGGGAGGCAAUUAAAUCUGCUUUUAGAUUGAGAACUAAGCGUGCAUUUUGGUUGGAGGAUGAAGACCAUAUAGUUCGUAGCCUUGACAGGGAAAUGCCUUUAGGGAAUUAUACUCUCCACCUUGAUGAAGGUUUGGCUAUAAAAGUGUGCCACUAUGAUGAGUCAGAUCAUAUACCGGUCCACACAGAGGAGAAGAUUUUUUACACAGAAGAUGAUUACCGUGAAUAUUUGGUCCGCCGGGGCUACACAGGUCUCAGGGAGAUUGAUGGAUACAGAAACAUUGAUAAUAUGGAUGACCUCCAAACUAAUGCUCUAUAUCGAGGUGUUAGCUGAAAGCUGGUGCAUCUUGCUUGCACAAAUGCAGUGCUCUCGAAAGGCUAUAAUAAAGUUGCCUUGUCUUGACAUAAGUGUGCAUGUAGGAUUAAAAAAUAUGCUCCGGUGCAUUUGAAAAUUGUGAUUAUGUUGUUCGCAUUCGCGCUUACUAAUCCUGAACCCUAUAACUCAGCUGUUAAUAUUAUGUUGUAAUGUAUUGACUCCAGUACAGUUUCUGUUCAUGCGGCCUCGAUGCCACUUGUUUGUACAUAUGCAUUUGGGUUGAAAACAAAGAAUUUCUUGCUAGGUUUUAGAUGGGGUCAAUUUUACAGCAUUUGAUUGCAGUCAGCAACUUGAACUCCAGUUUUGAGUA